AAUGGCGUCCAGCAACUCAGAUAUCACCCUCUAUACCACUCAGACGCCGAACGGUGUCAAAGCGUCCAUCACCCUGGAAGAACUUGGUCUCCCCUACAAGGUCGAGAAGAUUGAAAUCCAGAAGAACACGCAGAAAGAGCCGUGGUUCACGGCCAUCAACCCAAACGGCCGUAUUCCUGCCCUCACAGAUACUUUCACCGAUGGGGAAACCAUCAAUCUGUUCGAAUCCGGCUCGAUCAUGCAGUAUCUAGUUGAACGUUACGACACUGAGUACAAGAUCAGCUACCCCAAGGGAACCCGCAAGUGGUUCGAGAUGAACAGUUUCCUGAUCCGCCCUCACUGGUUGUUUUUCCAAAAUGCGGGGGUUGGCCCGAUGCAGGGACAAGCCAAUCACUUCUUUCGAUAUGCCCCUGAGCGAAUCGAAUACGGUGUCAACAGGUAUCAAAACGAGACGCGAAGGCUGUAUGGGGUCCUUGACAAACACCUUUCGGACAACAAGUACGAGUAUAUCACGGGAGACAAAUGCACCAUUGCUGAUAUCGCACACUUCGGAUGGGUGGCGGCAGCGGCAUGGGCUGGGGUAGAGAUUGAUGAGUUUCCUGCGCUCAAGGAGUGGGAGGAUCGCAUGGCCGCCCGUCCAGCCCUCAAGAAGGGCCGCGACGUUCCGGAGAAAGCCGCGAGCAAGGCUUCUCUCAAGGACCCAGCUGAAGCUGAGAAGCGCGCAGCGGAGGCCCGCCAGUGGAUUCAGGCGGGUAUGAAGGAGGAUGCUGCCAAGUCGAAGUAAGGAACAAUUCUUUUCAGUACACCA